GAAAUGGGCUAAAAGCCAGUUGGCUAACACUAAAUUUUCCGUUGUAGCACUCAAAAACCAACAAAAAUUCAAAGCGCGAACUAUGUCCGAAGGGCCAAUUGAAAAGUAUCAGAUUUAAGGGCACGGAAAUUGAAGAGAAGAGAUGCUGCUAAUGGACGCAUUGUUCAACAGCCUAUUGGUGGUCAGUUCCGGCUAUGCGAUGUACAGCCUCCACCCCCUGGAAACGCCCUAUGGUUAUGCAACAGCGACCUUGAGCCUCGUCCACGGAAUCUUGGGUAUGGUCCGGGCGGCGAGCAACGACGACGAUGAAUGCAAUCGGAUGCGGCUGAUACCGUCGGGCAUUAUGGAGAUAGUGCCGCUGCCAUUGACCAAUAUCGAGCUCUAUCUGAAGUCCAGCAAUCCGAGCCUGGCUUUGGCCCACACCUGCUUUGUGGUGCCAUUGGUCUACGACAUGAUGGCCAAAUUGGCUGGCACCGAGGACACAUCCAUCGAAACCCUCAAGGAACUCACACUCCUGGGCAACGUGGUCUCCCUGCUCUUCCUGGGCGUCAAUCAGUCCAACAAUCUGUAUGGCGGCAUGGCUGCCAUUGCUUUUGCGGCUCACUACGGUUCUGUUAUUGACUAUUACUGGAAGGGAUUGGGUGGCGAGUUCAACCUGCUGGCCCACUCCAUGUUUGUCGUCCUGAUGACCAUGACACUGGCGGCUAAAUGAAGAUCACUAGACCACCCAGAAGAGAAUCUAUUCACAGCCAAGGCCAGCGGUUGGUUGGCGCCAGCAGACGACCUCCAUCAUCCAAAGAUC